AUGUCCGACGCGCCACUUCCCUCGUCCUUCGACGGCAACGAAGACUUCUACUCGGAAAACCGCAUGCAAAAGCUCACGCGCCGGCUGCGCGAAGAGCCGCUCAUCCCACUCGGCUGCCUCCUCACCUGCUGGGCGCUGAUCGGCGCGAGCCGGGCGAUGAAGGCGGGCGACCACCACCAGACGAACCGCAUGUUCCGGCGGCGCAUCUACGCGCAGGGCUUCACCAUCGUCGCCAUGGCCGCCGGCUCCAUGUACUGGUCCGAGGACCGCGAGAGGCGCAAGGAGUUCGACGCGCUGCAGCAGCAGAAGAAGGCCGUCGAGAAGCGCGACGCCUGGCUGCGCGAGCUCGAGGCGAGGGAUGAGGAGGAUAAAGCCAUGCGGGCGCGGUUGGAGAAGAGGAGGGCGGCGAAGAGGGAGAGGGAGAGGGAGGCGCGGGCGGGCGCUAAGGAGGGCGGGGGCGAGGGCGAGGGCGAGGGCGCCGCCGGGGCUGAGGGGGCUGGCGUGACGGAGGCGAAGAGCGUGGUCGAGGGUGGGGAGGGGAGGCCGGCCGAGGGCGGCGUGGUGGCGGCGGUGAAGGAUUUGUUUGCGGGGAAGAAGUAG